AUGGACAGCGGAUUAGCCUUUGAUCUGCUCCUUGGAGUUGGUAACGACUACGAAAACAAAAUUUUCGACCUUUCAUAUGCGGCAUUCGCUGAAGAGUUGCAGCUUCAGGAGAUCCUUAAGGAGUCCAUGAUCACUUCUGAAAAUGCAGCUUGCGAAGCCAUAAAGAACCCUGGAUGUCCUGUUUGCAAUAGAUUGUCCUGCAUGGAAUGUACUAUCCCCCACCCCACCAGAGCUCAGCGGUUCCUCAAACCAGUUCAAGUAUCAGCAAUUUUGGUCGACAUUUAUUUAAAACAAAUCUCCAGCAACGAAUUUCAUGCAAAAACCAGUUCAUUGUGCGAAAGCGAUCGAAUUGCUGGCACUGGUAAUACUGAGGAUCCUAACGGUAAAGGUAUAGCCAUAGAUGAUGGCGGGUUGCUGAUCUCCAAACGGAAAUCAGACAGCAGAGUUGGAAACAGAGCUGACAAACGGUUGGUUGAUGUCGAGCACCCUAAUCCUUUAAAGGAUUAUGAUUAUGAUUCCUUGAACGAUGAUGAUGAGUUUGAUUCCGACGACAGUCAAAAGAGCCAUGAGAGUGGGGAAAAGAGUACAUGGUUCAAGGAAUUUUUAGAGAGAAUGGAUGCUUUGAACAUUAAGGAGAUUGAUGAAACUCUGUGGCACUGUCCAGUAUGCCAAGGUGGUCCUGGUUCCACCAAAUGGUACAGAAGCAUCAGUGACCUGAUAGCACAUUCCAAAAAGAUUGGAUCGAGAAGGGUGAAGUUACAUCGAGAGCUUGCAAAGCUUCUAGAAGGGGAGUUGUGCAUUAAGGGAACCUCAAUUCCUCCUGCUGGCCCUAUAUCUGGUACUUGGAAAGGUUUAACAGACGAUGCAAGAGAUCUUGAAAUAGUUUGGCCUCCCCUGGUUGUCAUUAUGAACACAAUGACAAGCAAUAUUCAAGAUGGAAAGUUCAUUGGCAUGGGAAAUCAAGAACUUCUUGACUACUUCAGCUCGUAUCCGGCUUUAAAGGCUCAACACUCCUAUGGUCGUCAAGGUCACCGUGGUUUGAGUGUCUUGAUUUUCGAGAAGUCAGUGGUAGGUUAUCUAGAAGCUGAGAGACUACAUAAGAAUUUUCUCGAGCAACGAUUAGGUCGAUCUGCUUGGAAUUCUUGUACGAACGAGGUCCUGUCCGGUGGAGAGCGUCAACUUUACGGUUUCAUGGCACUAAAGGAAGACUUAGAUGUCUUCAACCAGCAUUGCCAAGGUAAAUCCAAGAUCAAAUUUGAGGUAAAAUCUGUUAAAAGAAGUGUAAUUACAGAAAACGUGCUCCAUCUCUUUCAUUAUCUACAAAAUAAGUUUACAAGACCAAAUCCUUUAUAUACAGCCCACCAACCGUUACAAGCCUAA